GAUUGCUAUCAAUGAAUGCAAUCUUGUAUUCAAUUCAUUUGGAUUGAAGUUAAUCUAAACGCGCGAUCAGUUGAUUGUCAUUUGAAUGAAUCAUACAAACAAUGAAAUGAUAAAUUGCUGUCAAAUAGCAGUUAAGAGACACUAAUCUAAAGACUUUUGGAGAUAUCUAGAUAUUUGUGACACUGGUUUGAAUCGAUUGAAUAAAUGCCUGCUUUUGACCAAACAUUCAAUAACACAGUGAAUAGGAAUCACAACUCAAUUAAGACUAAUUCGCCGUCAAUUGUAUCGAUACUUCAUUUCAAUGACUGCUAUAACGUUGAGUCCAGACCUGAUGAGCCCUCCGGAGGGGCCGCCCGUCUCGUCACUGCCUUCAAUGCCUACAGAGAUUGCGAUCCAUUAGUCCUCUUCAGCGGCGAUAUAAUGUCCCCAUCGAUCAUGAGUACUUUCACAAAAGGCGAGCAAAUGAUUCCCGUAUUGAACGCAUUGGCCGUCGAUUGUGCCGUCUUUGGCAACCAUGAGUUCGAUUUUGGUGUCGAUCACCUCAAGUCAUGGAUGGGAAGGACUUCUUUCCCGUGGCUAAUGAGCAAUGUAUACGACCACAAGACCAACCGUCCCAUCAAUGAUGCCAUGGUUUGGCAUAUCAUCGAUAGGAAUAAUAAAAGGUUGGGAAUCAUA